AUGGAGCAUCAGGAUCAGAGUCAAGUCACAUAUCCAGAGACUCCAGGAACACCACCUCGUCCCCCCUAUUCUCCGGUCACUCCGGUAUUCGCACAUCUUGCGCCGGUCACCUCGGACGAGCCAAGAAUUGUCCCGCCACCAGCAUCUCCCUCUCCAACAUCGCCAGUUUACAACUCUCAAAACACAUAUACAGGCUAUGCAUCUCCUCCGCCUCCAGCAAAUCCCCCAGUAUUUAAACCGCAACCCCCUCCAGUGCCGAUCUCCGAGAGUGAUAACCCCGAUGCAAUCGCACUUCGGUCUGCGAUCUCUAUCCUGCAAAUGCAGAAACAACAAAGCUUGCGGGACAUCCAGGCACUCGAUCGCAUGAAAGAGGCAGCGAGUGCUGACCCGGAAGGAUUUGCGCGCGAUUUGGCAGCUGGAAGGCUGAAAACCGAGGACCACGGGGCUGUGAUCCAAUUCACCGAAGACGACGCCAUGGAGGACGGCCCUGGAGAUUCCAAACGCACAAACGUAGAUGGAUCGCCCGCGUCCAACUUCGGUCAUAUCCCAACACCACAGAAUGUGGUGCGAAUGCCCCCGAUCAAUUGGGCCAAGUACCAGGUUGUCGGUGAACCACUCGAUCGCAUGCACGAAGAGCAACUAUAUCGACCAACUUCAGGUCUACCGAGUCGUGAACGUGCACCAGAGCAUGUCCUAGCCUCACCUUAUCGACCGCUAGUCGACCAUCUGGAGACGCCCUCCCGACUCGGUCGUCCCAGCAAGACCAAAAAGACAUGA